AUGGGGGUUGGUUCGGAGAGAAGGCUGGUGACGUACCGAAGCUACCGUGGUAAGCCCAACACUUCAUCAUUCGUACCGCACCCAUUCACGGGCAGCGACUUGGUCAGAUCAGCCUUUAGCCUCGACGAUUACACGGGUUGCGAUGACGACCUCGACCUCCUAGGCAUGUUGGGCAACUCGCCGCUGCGAUAUUUCUUGGGUGACGUUGUAGAUCCACAGUCAAAGGCUACAAGUGCUUUUCCGUACCAUAAGAGUUUCUGCCUCUCUCAGAAGGCCUCAUGGAAUUACGAUGAAGCAGCUUGA